AUCGUGUCCUGUAUUUGAUUUAGAAAGGAACAUUGAAUUUGCUGGUUACUGGCAAACUGUAAAUCGACAGGGUGGUAUUACUAUACCUAGAGAAGCUUAUCCAAUGGGAUUUUUUGUUGUACUUGUAGUAAAAGGUGAUGACACCGAUUGUUAUGGAUCGCCUAGUACAAUUGAUUUACGGAAUAAAAAAGUGGCGUUAACUAUAAAUGCUAGUAUAACCAAACACGAUUAUAUUGUCGCAAUAAGCAUAGUGAUAUCUGUUAUUUUCACUUUUUGCCUUAUUUAUGUUGUGGGCAUUGUGUUGUUCAACAUUAAAGAAGGUAGAAAAAUUCAACAAGAAUUACUGGACAAUCAAAUAUGCCAAGAUUUGAAUGAACCUAUGCAGAGUCCUUCAACAAUAGAAGAAACAGGACCGAAUCGGUUAGUAUCUAUAGAAGAAGAUUCGUCGCUGGAUGAAGAUGAUAUUGAUAUAAUGGAAGAUGCUUUUUCCGAUAAAGAAGUGAUACGAACGAAACUUGUACUUUCGGUUUGCGAUUUGGCUCGCAAAGAUCCAAAUAUUCUAAGGCACAAGUCUCGAUUAUAUUUAUAUUAUUUAGCAACGGUCGCUGUCUUCUAUACUUUACCCGUUCUCCAAUUAGUAAUCACUUACCAAAACGUACUUCAUGUUACUGGAAACCAAGAUAUGUGUUACUAUAAUUUCUUAUGUGCCCAUCCAUUUGGAUUUCUGUCAGACGUAAAUCAUGUUUUUUCGAAUUUCGGGUACGUAAUGUUAGGUCUCUUGUUUAUAUUUGUGACAUACUCUCGUGAAAACAAUGAAAAGGAUAAAGAAAAAAAUAAGUGUUACGGUAUACCGCAACAUUACGGAUUGUUUUAUGCGCUUGGUUCUGCGCUUAUCAUGGAAGGAAUACUUUCAGGGAGCUAUCAUGUGUGUCCAAAUCGAAGUAAUUUUCAAUUCGACACCAGUUUUAUGUACAUUAUAGCAGUACUUUGCAUGAUUAAAAUUUACCAAACACGUCAUCCUGAUAUAAACGCUCGAGCGCCGGUUACAUUUGGAAUCUUGGCUUUGGUGAUUCUGCUUGGAUUAAUCGGCGUCUUGAAUGGUUCCACUUGUUUCUGGAUUAUAUUUACAAUUAUGCAUUUAUCGAUUUGCUUGUUUUUAACUCUUCAAAUUUAUUAUAUGGGACGAUGGAGACGAAAAGGUCUCCUCGCAAGAAUAAUACAGUCUUGUAGAUAUGAUGCCCAUACCGGAAUUAAAAAUAUGUUUCGACCCUUGUAUCUGGGACGAUUUGUAAUGCUUGUCAUAGCAAAUUUAUGUAAUGUUACUCUCGCAGUAUUUGGAAACAUAAGUCAUGAAAACAAUUUUGCAACGUUCCUGUUAGCUAUAUUAAUGUCCAAUUUAAUGCUGUAUACUAUUUUUUAUAUUGCAAUGAAGCUUUGCCAUAGAGAACGGAUCCUUCUACAACCAUUGAUUUAUAUCAUUUUGUCAAUUGUGUUGUGGGCUGCAGCUAUGUACUUUUUUAUAAACAAAACUAUUUCAUGGGCGGUUACUCCAGCACAAUCUCGUCUUUAUAAUAAACCCUGCAGGGUCCUAAACUUUUUUGACAACCAUGACAUUUGGCACUUUUUGUCUGCCUUAGCAAUGUUUUUCUCUUUUAUGGGUUUGCUUACCCUAGAUGACGAUCUAAUCGAUGUACACCGAAGUCAAAUACCAGUCUUUUGAGGGCAAUGACAUGAACAGAAGUUAUUUCUAAUCUUUUUUUUUUUCAUCUCUUUAUGACGAUAUGAUUGUAUAUAAUAUACAUUUUAUCUUGAUACUAAUGAAUUAAAAAUAGUAUAAAAUAUAUAUGUAUAUAUAAAGAUCAUA